CGCACACAUACGUCCCCGUCGGCGGCGCCCGGGAAGCGGCCUGCCUGCCCGAUGCUUCCGCCCGGGUUGCGGCGGGCCGGGCUGGACGCUUAGUGCCCGGGCUCGGGCUCCCGUGAAGCACCCGCGGGGGUGGCGGCGGCCUCCGCCCCGCGGAGACCGAGCGGCUUGAGGACGAGGCGGCGGCCGCGGGGAGGAGGAUGGGGGCUAACCAGUUAGUGGUGCUCAACGUGUACGACAUGUACUGGAUGAAUGAAUACACCUCAUCCAUUGGAAUUGGAGUUUUUCAUUCAGGAAUUGAAGUAUAUGGCAGAGAAUUUGCUUAUGGUGGCCAUCCUUAUCCUUUUUCUGGAAUAUUUGAAAUUUCCCCAGGAAAUGCUUCUGAACUAGGAGAAACAUUUAAAUUUAAAGAAGCUGUUGUUUUAGGGAGCACUGACUUUCUAGAAGAUGAUAUUGAAAAAAUUGUAGAAGAAUUGGGGAAAGAAUAUAAAGGCAAUGCUUAUCAUUUGAUGCAUAAAAACUGCAAUCACUUUUCUUCAGCAUUAUCAGAGAUUCUUUGUGGGAAAGAGAUUCCUCGCUGGAUUAAUCGACUGGCCUACUUCAGCUCCUGUAUACCCUUUCUACAGAGUUGCCUCCCGAAGGAGUGGCUCACCCCCGCUGCCCUGCAGUCUAGCGUCAGCCAAGAGCUCCAGGAGGGACUGGAAGAGGCAGAGGAUGCCGCUGCUUCCGCAGCCAUGGCAAGCGCCGCAGCAGGCUCCAGACCUGGGCGCCACACGAAACUCUAAGCAUCUCCAAAGUCACACCUUCAGAACUGUUUUGCCAAUUGAGUAUCACUAGGGAAAAGCAAACAGUAAGCAUCCUUUGGAGAUUUUGUAUGCAAAGAUGGCUCUCCCCCAAAUCCCAGUUUUUCAGCUCAGGAUUAUAUUUGUAAUCAAAAAAAGAAAAAAAAAAAAGAAAAAGAAAAUUACUUG